AAGCCCAAGGAUGUGAUAGUGGACAGAGUUCUCAAAAGGCAUUGAUUGAUUUAUACAGUGUAAGAGUCAGAAAUGUCGAUACAUUCACCAGGUUACGCUGUCCGAAGAAUUCCAGUGAACAAUGUGACAGACAUCACCAUGUUUAUACUAACAGGCUUCACCGAUGAUGCUGACCUGCAAGUCUUGUUAUUUCUUUUGUUUUUUGUGAUUUAUCUUUUUACUGUCAUAGGCAACUUAGGACUUAUUUGGCUUGUCAUUGGAGAUUCUCGGCUUCACAAUCCAAUGUAUUAUUUUUUAAGUGUUUUAUCAUUCCUAGAUGCCUGUUAUUCCACAGUUGUCACUCCGAAGAUGUUGGUCAAUUUUCUUUCAAAUGAUAAAUCUAUUUCAUACGCUGGCUGUGUAACAGAGAUGUUUCUCUUUGUUACGUUUGGAACCACAGAAUGCUUCCUGUUAGCAGCAAUGGCUUAUGAUCGCUUUGUAGCUAUCUACAAUCCACUUCUGUAUGCAGUGAAAAUGUCAUCUAGAGUCUACAUACCUCUCAUUAUAGCUUGUUAUUCAGGUGGAAUUAUGCAUGCUACUAUACAUACAGUGGCUACCUUUAGCCUUUCUUUCUGUGCAUCCAAUGAGAUUAGGCAUGUCUUCUGUGAUAUUCCUCCAUUGCUUGCAAUUUCUUGUUCAAAUACAAAUAUAAACCAACUUCUGCUCUUCUAUUGUGUAGGCUCCAUUGAGAUUAUCACCAUCCUCAUUGUCCUGGUCUCUUACAGUUUCAUACUCUUUGCAAUUCUUAAAAUGAAUUCUGCUGAAGGGAGGAGAAAAAUAUUUUCUACAUGUGGUUCUCACCUUACAGGAGUGUCCAUUUAUCAUGGGACAAUUCUUUUCAUGUAUGUGAGACCCAGUUCCAACUAUGCCUUGGAACAUGACAUGAUUGUGUCCACAUUUUAUACCAUUGUGAUUCCCAUGCUGAAUCCCAUCAUCUACAGUCUGAGAAACAAAGAUGUAAAAGAGGCAAUGAAAAAGAUUUUUGAGAGAAAUUUCUUCAUGAACAAAGUGCAUUUUAAAUUAUAAUAACACUAAAAAUAAUGUCCAUUGUAAAUCUGUAUUUUACAAAGAAAAGCAUUCCAGAGUUUUGUUAAUA